GGGACUUGGUUUUCGUAGACUCGAAUCCAAGUUCAUUCCAUACGUAUCUGACGGUGCUGGAUACCAUUAACAUCAGUCAAUCUUGGGGCUACCACCUUUUUGACACUUGCAAGAAAUCCUGACUCGGUUUUCUAUUCGAUUCCCUUCGACACAAAACAUUUGUACAUCAUCUACAUGCACUUCUACCUUCUUGUGGUUAUGCUCGUUUCCAUAAUGAUCUAUGUCACAAACGGAAACCCGAUAAGGCUUGAUAUCAGUGAUACUGGUCUAGAGUUGCCCACAAUAAUGUUCGACAUAGAUCACGAGAAGAAUGUUGAGUUGGAAGAACGAAGAGUCCGAUUCGACGGCGAUUGGAGCCUUCUAACCGUUGGCAUUCCGCUCGGUCAUAUCUUAUCGCCGACACUUCCCCCACCAGAUGCACUCCAGGAAGAUAACAGCAAGUAGAAAUGUGCGAUCCGAGUGUCUGCCCGCUCCAGUUUAAAAGACAGCGGUAGACUACUAGAACUAUGCUACUCACCCGCAGUCUUUCCAACUUAUAAUUCCACUGAAUCUUUAAAAGGUCUGUUUCGUGAGACCAAACAUCCUGUCAAGAUAAAAAAGCAGCACACCGACG